AUGCCAGUUUCGUUUCCAGAAGAAUCGAAAAGUACAUGAUCAAUACACGGCAUAUUUUGCUAUAUAAAAUUUUCAUAUCUCUAAAUCAAAGUUCAAACAUAAACAUACUCCAUUAUAUUUUAUUUCAUUUUUUUUUGAGUACCCCUUCUUAAACAUUUUGAAUUUAUACGUAUUGCGCACUCGUAUGAUUGGUUUUCGUAUCAAUAUGUCCGACACAAUGUUCACAAAAAUUAAAAACGUAAACAGAACGUAAAUUAUAUCAUUGUGUGUGACUGAAAUGACUAUUGGCAAUUAUUCAAUAAAUGUCUGUAUUAAUACGUCAGUGAGGAAAUAUAACCAUACAAGAUAAAAUCAUAUGGUUUAAAAAUACAAGUGUUUGUAAGAUUUGUAUAAAAUGUCGCGCUUGUGUAAUUCACGAUUUUCUUCAUAUAUAAAAGGAACAAAACACCCACCAAUAUUUCCAUACAAUUCCAGUUGUAGAAAAAAUAGUGAUAUUAAAAAUGUACUUUAUCAAUACAGUGAAGGUUAUAUACAAUUCUGUUGGAAACUUCAAAGACAUAUUUAUCCAUUGUACAGAUUUUUGGAUAUGCUCAUGUCAAAACAAGUUCGUUCUUUAUUAACAAAGACAAAGACAGUAUUAAACAAAUAUGACAUUAAUCGUGGUAUGAAACAUUGUAGAAAUUUAGGAAUUGUAUCAAGUGGGUUUGGUAUAUCUAUAGCACUAUGUGAAGCCUCAAAUUUUCACAAAGAAAAAGAGUUUUUUCAAGCUGCUAAGUAUGGUGAUAUUAAGAAACUAAAAGCUAUUUUAAAAUCUGGAAUUGAUGUAAAUGUACGACAUCCCUUAGGUUGGACAGCAUUACAUGUUGCUGCCAUUAAUUUUCAACCAAAAGUUGUUAAACUUUUGAUAGAACAUGGUGCUGAUGUUAAUGCGCAAGAUGAAUUCAUUAAUGUAUAUGCAACUGCUAUAGAAAAAGGAUUACAAAUUUUAGAUGUGCUUUCAACAAGGGAACAAGAAUUUUCUGAUUAUUUGAAUAGUAGAGCUACUUUCAAAGGUUUUACACCAUUACACUACGCGGUAUUAGUAAAUUCGAAAGAUUGUGCAGUAGAAUUAAUGAACGCUGCGGCUGAUCCAACUAUAAAAGCCGAAUCAGGUCAUGGUCCGAUUGAAUAUGCCGAAAAUGGGGAGCUCAAAGAGAUACUUACAAAAUAUAGUAUAAAAUAUGACAAUAUAAAAAAGGAAAAAGAAAUGGAAGAACGUCGUAAAUUUCCGUUAGAACAACGUUUAAAAAAAUAUAUAGUUGGACAAGACGGGGCGAUAUCUAUUGUUGCAUCCACUAUCAGGAGGAAAGAAAAUGGGUGGAUAGACGAAAAACAUCCGCUUGUGUUCCUGUUUUUAGGUUCAUCUGGAAUUGGAAAGACUGAAUUAGCUAAACAAUUAGCUGCAUAUAUUCAUAAAAAUAAGCCAGAGGGAUUUAUUCGUUUGGAUAUGUCCGAAUAUCAAGAAAAACAUGAAGUUGCUAAAUUGAUCGGGGCACCUCCCGGGUACGUAGGUCAUGACGAUGGUGGCCAAUUAACGAAACAACUUAGGAAGUGUCCAAACGCCGUUGUAUUAUUUGACGAGGUUGAUAAGGCUCAUCCAGAUGUACUGACAGUUUUGCUACAACUUUUUGACGAAGGAAGAUUAACUGACGGUAAAGGCAAAACGAUUGAAUGUAAAAAUGCAAUAUUUGUAAUGACAUCAAAUUUAGCAAGUGAAGUAAUUGCUGAGCACGCAGUACAACUUCGAGAAGAAACUCAACGUGUCUCUGAUCAAAAACACGAUCAAAGUAUGGACAUAAACGAAAAUUCAGAACACAUAGAAAUAUCUAGAAAUUUUAAAGAUAAAGUAGUACGACCUAUUUUGAAAUCACAUUUUCGAAGGGACGAAUUUUUGGGUAGAAUAAAUGAAAUUGUAUAUUUUUUACCAUUUUCUCAAUCCGAGCUUAUUAAACUAGUAGCCAAGGAAUUGGAAGCUUGGGCAGAGCGUGCAAAGGAAAGGCAUAAAAUAGAAUUAAAAUGGAACAGAGAAGUUUUAUCCCUUUUGGCAGAGGGAUACGAUACUCAUUAUGGUGCUCGUUCUAUUAAAUACGAAGUGGAAAGACGUGUCGUUAAUCAAUUAGCUGCUGCCCAUGAACGAGGUCAAUUGGAGAGGGGAUGUUCCGUAUUACUUAAAGUCAUAUGGCAAAAAGGUGGCGCAAGCAUAGCACUAUCUAUACGACGUAAAGAUUCGAAAGAUUUUGUUGACAUUCCGGUCACAGAUAAUUUAACAAAAAACAUGAAUUCCGCAUUUUAAUAUCGUCUGCGAAUAUUGUCUAUGUAUAACUCUGAUGAUGUAAUACAAUUCGACAUUACAGUGUGCAUAAACAAGUUUGAUAUGUUUUGUAUCAUUUAUUAUAGUAAGUUAAGAACAACGAAU